AUGCAAUCUGGAAACAUAUUAAAGGCUAUUACCAAAGAAAGCAACGAAGGGACCGAAGCCACAAAUAUUGUCAUAUCUCAGAUUAGUUUAUUAAUUUCAACAUUAACAGAAGGUAAUUUUAGUGAAAUAGAAACUAGAAUUAAUUACAUACUAUCUAAAUCCAGCAUCCGUGUUUAUUUAAGAUACUGGGAUAGAUUACUAGCAUACGCAGAAUCUUAUAUUUUAAAAAAUAGAAAAUUAGAUAUCCAAGGAAAUCUUCAACAUAAAUUACUUUUAAACCUAAUAAAAAGUUUAAAUACAAAGAACCAAGGAUUUCUAGAAUAUCUUCGUACCAAUUUAUUCGAUCUUUUGUUAACUGAACAUCUUACUUUUAAAGAUAUAAUUGGGGUACUAGAUAGCACUGCUGACAAAGAAAUUAUCGAAGCAUUAUUACCAGAAUCAACUAUUCAAAAUCUAAAAGAAUUAGAAGAGCUUAAGAUGAAUAACAUAAAAUAUCUACAGACUUUCGUAUCUACGGAAUCUAUCGAUUCUAUGGAAUCAAAACUAGAUGAUAUAUUUUCUUCCUUAAAUGGAGAGAGUUUGAAUGACAUUGUUGCACUACUACUAUCUGAAAUUCUUUCUCCGUACUCACAAAAUAUUCAGGAUGACAAUAAACCUUCUUGGUUAACCCCUGAAACAAUGUUAGAAUCAUCAGUUGUUGGUGAACAUAUAUCAAAAUGUAUUCAAAAAGUUGCGCCAAACGCAAUCAAUUGGAACCGUAUUUUCAAUCUAAUGUCAACAAAAUACUUCAUGACCACCCCAAUUAAACCAAGAACCUCGUCAUUCAAUUCACUUCUAACUUCGCUAAAGCAUGGUGUUCUCAUCGACCAGUUUUUUAGUUGUGAAUGGCCAAUUGAUUUUAAACUUUUUAUUACCUGUGAAUUGCAUAAGUGGCCAAAAGGUGAUGGUGCCUUCGAUCUGCUGAAUGUUCCUGACACUAAAAAAGUAUCGGAUAAACUUCCAAACACUAAACAAUCGUUGCUGUAUAUAUUAUCUGUUGCAACCAUUGAUUUAGAGCUAUUCUUCUUGAGGGAUGAGUUAGAAAAUAAAACGAUGUUAACUUAUUAUCAAGAAUGCUUCUUUGAGGAUUUCAGUUAUAGUCCAGAGUAUUUAUAUUUGACAUUAGUGGAUAACAUCAAACACUUCAUCUUAUUAACCGAUAAUAAAGCAGUUAUCGAAGAAAUUAUUAUUACACUCUUUGUUCAGGUAUUUGUUAAAACACCGGAGGUAAUGGGUGAUUUGUUGACUAUUCUGCCUUCAAAAGACAAGAUGCUUACUGAUAUUACUAGAAUGAUACUACAGAAAAAUGAAGUUCCUAUUGACAGCUUCGUCAAAUUAUUAAUUGACCAUGAUAAGCUUGAAUAUAUUCUGAAUAGAAUUACCUUGGUUGAAGCAUUUUCCAUUUUACCUUACCCAAUUAAAUAUGGAUGGAAGGGUUUUAAAACAUUUUUGAAGUCGCACAUAAAUGUGGAUACCGCAUCUGUAGCAUUGGAUUCUAUGGAACUUCAACUUUCUAUGACUGAUGUGAACACACCGCUCAGGUCCUCUAAGUCAUUUGAUUUACCAUCAUUGAACGACCUUAUUUUAUGUAUAAUGGAUGUACCAUUGAAUAAUGAAGACUUGGAGAAAUUUGAAGGUCUUCAAUACAAGAUUCUGAUUGCAUUCCCAAAAAUUAUCAACAUUUCUACUGGACAUGAUGUUGCUAUUUUAGCUAAUGGUAGUUUUACUCCAAUUGCACCAGAUGUUGAAAAAGAAAUGCAAGGUUAUUUGCAAAAGAUGUACAGCGGUGAUAUUCAAAUAAAGGAUGUUGUCGAGGUUCUAAGAAAAUUGAAAGAUAGCGAUGAGCCAAGAGAUCAAGAAGUAUUUGCAUGUAUCACACACGCAGUCUUGGGGGAAUGUAAUUUUUUCAAGGAUUAUCCUUUAGAAGCCUUGGCUACAACUUCUGUCCUGUUUGGAUCAAUGAUUCUGUUUCAUUUAUUGAAUGGAUUUGUUUUAGAUGUAGCACUUAGAACUAUACUAAAUUUUGCAAAAGAAGGAUCCGAAUCCAAAAUGUUUAAAUUUGCAAUCCAGGCUAUAUAUGCGUUCAGGAUCCGUUUGGCCGAUUUCCCGCAGUAUUGUAAGGAUCUACUUGAACAAAUUCCCGGCUUGAGCACACAAACACAGGUCUAUCAAUUUAUUUAUGACGCUUCUCAAUCUGCUCAGGCUUCUAACCAAAAAAGUGAAAUGUCUAGUAAAGCAGCCUCAGAACUACUCCCUAUGAAAUAUUUAGUGGUCGAGGAAUGGCACUCUUCAGUUAUUCAGGAAAACCCUACAAAGGAUAUCACUGAAAAGGUCUUAUUUAUUGCAAAUAAUAUUACGAUUGACAAUUUUGAUUCCAAGAUUAAUGAAAUCGUCACUUUGGUCACUCCAAAUUAUUAUACCUGGUUUUCUAAUUAUCUUGUUAAUCAAAGGGCUAAAACAGAACCUAACUAUCAUACAUUAUAUUGUAAAAUAUUUACUGCAUUUAAAUCAAAUCCAUUACAUGAGUGUGUUAUUAAUAUUACGUUAAGACAACUGUACGUUAUUUUAGCUAUAAAGGAUAAAAACCAAAUAGAUAAGAAAACGAUGAAAAACCUAUCAUCCUGGUUAGGUCUAAUAACCUUAGGUGUAGAUAGACCAAUUAGACAUAGAAAUGUAGCUUUUAGAGAAUUAUUGCUAGAAGCAUAUAAGGAAGAUAGACUUGACAUUAUUGUUCCGUUUGUUACGAAGGUUCUACAAAAUGUCGAAUCCUCAAAGGUAUUUAGACCUCCUAAUCCAUGGACUAUAGGUAUUCUUCAAAUUUUGUUGGAACUUAAUGAAAAAGCCAACUGGAAACUAAGUUUAACAUUUGAGGUUGAGGUCCUAUUUAAAACUUUAAAUAUAUCUAUGAAAGGUAUUCAACCUUCUAAUCUAAUUGAGGCAGUGGAUAGUGUAGAUAUAAUUGCAGGAAAAUUAGGAAAUAUUUCGUUAGAACAACAGCAAGGUGAACGCCAAAAACAGAUUAUGUUAAUGCAACAACAUCAACAACAUAUGCUGAUGUACAGACAACGUCAACAGCAAAUGUUAUCAUCUGGCAUUACCGAACAAAAUCAAUUUAAUGUUGAAUCUCUUGGUUCCGCAUCUGCUGUUCCAAAUAUACCUUCACAACAGGUAUCUGGUAUGACAACAGUUCAAUCAAAUGAGACGCCAUUCCAGAAUUUAUUGGGUAGUACUGUAUUCGUCACACAUCCAGAUCUAAAACGUGUUUUCCAAAUGGCUCUUGCAAAGUCAGUUAGAGAAAUAUUAAUUCCUGCAGUUGAGAAGGCAAGUAAUAUUGCCGUGGUAUCUACUAUAAAAAUUGUUGGAAAAGAUUUUGCUACAGAAGUUGAUGAAGGAAAAUUAAAUACCGCAGCAAUAAACAUGGUAAGACAUUUGGCGCAAAGUUUGUCUCGUGCUACAUCCAUCGAACCAUUAAGAGAAACAAUCAGGACUACUACCCAAUCGUUAGCUCCAAAUUUGGCUAACCUAUCAUUCAAUCCAUUUGGUGAACUUGAUAAUGCAAUCAACGACAAUAUAGGAUUAGCUUUAGUUUUGAUAGAGAAUGCGGCAGUUGAAAGAUCGGUUCAGGAGAUUAGUGAACAAUUAGUUCAAUCAAUUGCUGUUCGUAGAUAUCAUAGGGAAAGAAGAGCAGACCAGCCAUUCUUGGCACCAAAUGUCAAUCCUUAUUCAUUAACUUUACCAGAACCGUUAGGCUUGAAGAGUUCUGGUGUUACCCAACAACAACUAAAUAUAUAUAAGGACUUCGGGAAGUUUAUGCCUAACGGUGACGGCAUGGUAGGGGGUAAGAUUUCUGCUCCUCCUAUCAUGAAUCAAAAUUCUGCCGUUCAAGUCCAUGAGCAAUUCCCCCAAGUUCCACAGCAACAACAACAGCAAAGGUUAGCUCCACAACCGCCAAUGGUUCAACCAGUUCAACAGAUGAACACAAUUCAAAAUGAAUUGGAACAAAACCAUCGUGUUCUUGUGCACUUAAUGGAUGUUUUAGUUGCCCAAAUCAAAGAAAAUUCGAGCAAAGAAUCGCUUGAAGAAUUAGGUGAAAAUAAUCAAAUAAAUAACAUCAUCUUUCAAAUUUUAACAUUUAUUGCUAGAAGCGAACAAAAGGAUCAACUAGCACUAAAGGUUGCCCAAGCCGUUGUGAACAGUUUAUUUGCUACCAGCGAAAGUUCUUUGUGCAGAGAAGUAUUAUCAUUAUUGCUUGAGAAGUUGUGUUCAUUAUCAUUAGUUGCAAGAAAAGAUGUAAGUUGGUGGCUGAUAUACGCUUUGGACAGUAGAAAGUUUGAUGUCCGUGUAAUUAGAUCUCUACUUGAAGUUCAUCUAAUCAAUGUCUCAGAGUUAGAUAAUGUAAUGGUAACCGCUAUGAUUAACAAUAUGGAAAACGCUAUCGAAUUCGCAAUUGAUGUUUUGAAGGGUACCGUAUUAUCUAAAGAACCAAUAUUGAUGAGAAUGGAUUUUGUACGUACCCUAGAGCACUUAAGUAGAGUAGAUGAUCCAAAGGUGAAGGAAUUUCUAAAUCAAUUCAACAGCUCAGAUGUAUUACCUAUUACUGAUGGCACUAACGUUAUUUUAAAUGAAAAAUAUUUCUUGGUUUUCACAGAAUGGGUGAAACUGUUGCAAAGAGUUGAUAUUGAAGAUGAUGUUGUUCUGGCGUUCAUUUCUCAGAUGAUGGAAAAUGGUGUUAUUACAGAUUCCGAUAGUUUAAUACGAUUUUUGAAAUCGGCUCUGGAACUUUCAGUAUUUGCUUUUAAAGAAAGUGAUCCGACUAGUGAAGUUUUUACUGCUAUUGAUGGUCUAAGUAAGCUUAUUAUCAAACUGUUAGUGUACCAAGAAUUUACCGAAUGGACCAAAUCAGCCUAUAUGCAUGUUAUUUUCUCUGUUAUGUUGUUAGUUUGUUCCAAGGAUCAUGAAGAUCCAAGCUUUAAUGAAAGACCAUAUUUUAGAUUUCUAUCGAAUUUAUUAUUCGAGUGGAGUACUCUUCGUGGUAAUAAUUUUGCUUCUAUCGAAAAUGUUGAAACAAGAAAAGAAUAUCGUAACUUCGAUAUUGAAUUUUACAAUAUUUUUGCUACCUAUCUACAUUCAUUCCAACCUUUUGCAUUCCCUGGAUUCACUUUUGCUUGGGUAUCCUUGAUUUCCCACAGAAUGUUCCUCCCAAUCAUGUUAAGACUGGAUGAAAAAAAGGGCUGGAAAAAAUUGAUGAUACUUCUAAUCGAUCUGUUCAAAUUUUUAGAUACUUAUACUAAGAAAACGGCAUUGUCGGAUACUGUUUCAGUGGUAUACAAGGGAACACUACGUGUUAUUCUAGGUAUUUCUAACGAUCUUCCUGACUUCUUAAUUGAAAACCAUUUCGAAUUGAUGAAUAACAUUCCAGCUACAUAUUUCCAGUUAAAGAACGUCAUUUUGUCGACCAUUCCAUUGAAGAUGGUCAUACCAAACCCGUACGAUUCUACCUUGUCUAUGGAAAAUAUGGAGGUUUGUCAAACUCCACCUUGCGUGUUUUAUGACCCGGUUGAAGCAUUACAAUCUUUAAAGAAGCCUAUUGAUAAUUAUUUGCGCAUUCCUUCCAACUCACUGUUCAAGACAAUAUCAAACGGGUUGUAUAGAACUGAAUAUGAUAUCAAAAAUGGGGUUGGUUUUGACUUCGUCAGUGUAGACCAAGAACUAGUUCGUGCUAUAGUUCUACAUGUUGGUAUUGAAGCUGGUUUAGAAAAUGGGAGAACUUCCUCUAGUGCGGUAUUCAAUACAAAAUCAUCGUAUUAUGCCUUACUUUUCAAUAUGAUUAAUGAAGGUAUUUCGGAACUAAAAUAUCAGAUCUUACAAGUCAUGAUUGAACAAUUACGUUUCCCAAAUAUUCAUACUUACUGGUUUUCUUAUGUCCUAGUAAACAUGUUUACUUCAAAGGAUUUCGGUGAUAACCUGGCGGAAGUUCAGGAAAUUAUGUUAAGAGUUUUACUAGAGAGAAUUAUUGUUAACAGACCUCACGCUUGGGGUGUUUCCGUUUUGGUUACAAAACUUCUAACCAAUGAAGAAAUUGAUAUCAUGGAUCUACCUUUCAUGAAGGCUGUUCCUCAAAUAGAGACAAUAUUUCAACAAUUAAAAAAGCAUACUGCAAUUAAUAUUACACCAUAUACAAAUACUGAAGUACCUGACGGGAAUAAUGCAUCUAUAGCAGCAAAAUGA